AUCACAGUGAGCGAAAACCCAAAUCUAGCCGCCUUGAAAUCCAAAACAAGUGUCAUCCAAAAAUGAUAGUGAAUGUGGAAAACUGAUGCGAUCUGUUUCCUAUCGAAACGACGGUGAUAUUGCAUUUUUCGAAACGCAUCCGCAGCGCUUUUUGGCCGCGGUUGUCAUUUCGGAAUUCAAUUGGAAAUUGCGAUUUUCGUGGGGACAGCGAGCGUCGUCCAAUACAACUUUAGUUAGCCUUGAAUUCGUAUUUUGAUUUCAUUCAAGUGUUGGGAUAGGGCAUGAACUUGAGAUAAAUUUCUUGGUGUUUAGAGUACCUUGCAAAGAUCGUCUUUUCGUUCCGAUAAACCCAGAAUGAUGUGUGUGAGCGGAAAUAACAAUCCGCGACUUUUCCUAUUCAAUGUGAACCGCCAAAUAAAAGUUGAAAUUCGUGCGACCCAGUGACUUUAUUCGGGUUCAGUGUGUGCGAUGGACGUAGGGAUAUAAUUGCUAAAAGAACUCUCUGUACCUGUCUGGUACAGUACCAGAAAUUCAGGUCGCUUUAAUUCAAAAGUGAUGUCUUUAGACACUGAAAGGAAGAAUUUACAGCCGGGAAUUUCCCAGCUCAUGCCAGACCUAGCACUGAGUUUAAUGGGACAUCGUGCGCCUGGUGUAGGCGGUUUAAAUCAUAUCAACAUGCAGCAACCUGUAAACGAAUCAUGGCAAACCAAUCCUCCUCGUCAGACCGGAAGCCCACCAACACAAACUACCUUUCCCGAAAUAACAGCAGGUACAUCAGGAGCAAUCGGUUCAACAAGCACAGCUGUUGCUUUACCUGGGUCUGCAGCUCCAGGGCCCAUUACUACAGUCCCUCCUCCAGUCGAAGCUCCAGUUUUUCAAUGUCCUCGCAGACCAAACUUGGGACGGGAAGGGAGGCCGAUUGGUCUCAAGGCCAACCAUUUUCAAAUAUCAAUGCCUAGAGGUUAUGUUCACCAUUAUGAUGUGAACAUACAGCCUGAUAAGUGCCCAAGGAAGGUAAACAGAGAAAUUAUAGAAACUAUGGUUCAUGCAUAUGGGAAAAUAUUUGGGAAUUUAAAGCCUGUAUUUGACGGCCGGAACAAUUUAUACACCAGAGAUCCUUUACCUAUUGGUAAUUCUAGGGAAGAACUAGAAGUAACUCUACCGGGUGAAGGAAAAGAUAGACUGUUCAGAGUGACAAUAAAAUGGGUAGCACAGGUUUCUUUAUUUGGUCUUGAAGAAGCAUUAGAAGGUAGAACAAGGCAGAUUCCUUAUGAAGCUAUAGUUGCACUUGAUGUCGUUAUGAGACAUCUGCCAUCAAUGAGCUACACUCCAGUGGGUAGAAGUUUCUUCAGUAGUCCAGAUGGAUACUAUCAUCCUUUAGGGGGUGGUAGAGAAGUUUGGUUUGGUUUCCAUCAGUCUGUCAGACCCAGUCAGUGGAAAAUGAUGCUAAAUAUAGAUGUAUCUGCCACUGCUUUCUAUAAAGCACAACCUGUUAUUGAGUUCAUGUGUGAAGUUUUGGAUAUUAGGGACAUAAAUGAACAAAGGAAACCUUUAACUGACAGUCAGAGAGUCAAAUUCACAAAAGAAAUUAAAGGUUUGAAGAUUGAAAUCACCCAUUGUGGAACCAUGAGACGAAAAUACAGAGUUUGCAAUGUGACGAGAAGACCUGCUCAGAUGCAGUCAUUUCCUCUUCAACUUGACAAUGGCCAAACUGUUGAAUGUACUGUUGCCAAAUAUUUCCUUGACAAAUACAAGAUGAAACUUCGAUUUCCACAUUUACCAUGCCUUCAGGUAGGUCAGGAGCACAAACAUACUUAUUUACCUCUUGAGGUCUGCAAUAUUGUGGCUGGGCAGAGGUGUAUUAAGAAAUUGACAGACAUGCAAACAUCAACAAUGAUCAAAGCAACUGCAAGGUCCGCUCCUGAUCGAGAGAGGGAGAUCAACAAUCUAGUUAGAAGGGCAGAUUUCAACAAUGAUGCCUAUGUUCAGGAAUUUGGUUUAACUAUCAGUAAUAACAUGAUGGAAGUAAGAGGUAGAGUGUUACCCCCACCAAAACUUCAGUAUGGUGGAAGGGUAGCUUCUCUCAGCGGACAGGUGGGCUGGCACAGUAAGCAACAGGCCCUGCCAAAUCAAGGUGUAUGGGACAUGAGGGGGAAGCAAUUUUUCACUGGUGUAGAAAUUAGGGUUUGGGCAAUUGCAUGUUUUGCUCCACAAAGGACAGUUAGGGAGGAUGCAUUAAGGAAUUUCACACAGCAGCUUCAGAAGAUAUCCAACGAUGCUGGAAUGCCGAUCAUUGGGCAACCCUGUUUUUGUAAAUACGCGACAGGACCCGAUCAAGUCGAACCUAUGUUCCGUUAUCUCAAGACUACGUUUCAAGCUCUUCAGUUAGUCGUUGUUGUUUUACCUGGCAAAACGCCGGUUUAUGCUGAAGUGAAGAGGGUAGGCGAUACGGUUUUGGGCAUGGCCACCCAAUGUGUUCAAGCCAAAAAUGUCAAUAAGACAUCUCCACAAACACUGUCGAACUUAUGUCUUAAAAUAAAUGUUAAAUUGGGAGGUAUUAACAGUAUUCUUGUGCCAUCAAUACGACCAAAGAUAUUCAAUGAACCUGUUAUUUUCUUGGGUGCUGACGUUACCCACCCGCCCGCUGGAGACAAUAAAAAACCUUCAAUUGCAGCAGUAGUAGGAUCCAUGGAUGCUCACCCUUCUCGUUACGCAGCCACUGUUCGCGUGCAGCAACACAGACAAGAAAUCAUACAAGAACUGAGCUCUAUGGUCCGGGAACUACUCAUCAUGUUCUACAAAUCAACUGGUGGUUACAAACCUCAUCGUAUCAUUUUAUACAGAGAUGGCGUUUCUGAGGGUCAGUUCUUGAUGCUCCUUCAGCAUGAACUAACGGCAAUAAGGGAGGCAUGCAUUAAACUUGAAUCAGAUUAUAAGCCAGGAAUCACAUUCAUCGUAGUACAAAAAAGACAUCACACAAGACUAUUCUGCGCUGAUAAGAAGGAACAAAGUGGAAAAAGUGGUAAUAUUCCAGCUGGUACGACUGUAGACGUUGGCAUAACGCAUCCUACAGAGUUUGAUUUCUACCUUUGCAGCCAUCAAGGCAUACAGGGUACCUCCAGACCGUCCCAUUAUCACGUGUUGUGGGACGAUUCUCAUUUAGACUCUGAUGAAUUGCAAUGUCUAACAUACCAGCUUUGCCAUACGUACGUUAGAUGUACGAGAUCCGUUUCCAUCCCUGCGCCAGCAUAUUAUGCUCAUUUGGUAGCUUUCAGGGCUCGAUAUCAUCUCGUAGAAAAGGAACAUGACAGUUCACGUUUCAGUGGCGAAGGAUCUCACCAGUCUGGAUCUUCAGAAGAUCGUACACCAGGAGCUAUGGCACGAGCCAUUACUGUACAUGCCGAUACGAAAAAAGUUAUGUAUUUUGCUUAAAUUUCAAAAAUCCGAAUUUGUUAGUGAUAAGCGAUGAAGUCGAAACAGGUUAUAAGGUAAUAUGUGCAUGUUGUGGAGUAAGCAAGUGUAUGUAUCUUUCAACUUGAUACCAAAAAGGAGGUAUUAUUUUUCACAUGUGUUCGGAAGUGACACAAACAUCAAUAUUUUUGUUGAUAGAUGUGAUUGAAAUUUUUACUACUUCUAAAGCAAACUAUGGAUUUAUGUCCAUAAUGUUGCACUUUUUUAUUGCAUGCAGUAAAAGAAAGGGUAUAAGGGGAUUCGCUUCUGUAGCACAAAUCACUCCUUAUUAAAUCAACUUAUGAUUUGAUAUAAAUUGGCAGCAAAAUUUGCUUUACUGAAUGUUAUCAAGAUAAUGAUCACUAUAUUGUAACAAAAAUGGUAAGUUUAUGAUCCAAAGGAUGAUUGUGGCAUUUCGUCUGUAUUCCCUGUUAUAUUUUCAAAUCACUGAAAAAGAAAUACUACAUUUUGUUAACUUCGCACAUCAUUACAACUCGGUAAUGCCCAACCUAUUUAUCAGUGAAAAUCUCAGUUCUUAACCCAACAAAAUACUAGUACAAGCAAAGGUCCUGACCCUUUCAUUGGAAUUUUGUUGGGAUGCUCAUUUCCAUUGAAUUCCUGGCGUUCCUUUUGCUGAUCCUUGCUGUUGAACUACAGUUAAAAAUUGUGGAAUAUUGUUGAAUCGUUCAAAGUAUGUUAAAAUGUAUAUUCUCCAACUCUUAAUUUUUCUCACCCUUAAUAGUAAAUAGUUUUUAAGUUGUCAAUUUUAUAUUAGAUAUAAUUUUUGAAAACUUCGAUAUAAAGCUUUAAUGUAUGGAUGUGUGAAAUUGAAAUCUUCAUUAAUUUUUUUUUGAGCUGCGUUGACAAGUAUAAAGUUCAAGCGAAGCUGAGCUAAGGGAUUAAGCAGCUCAUAUUUGUUUUUGUAAUUUAAGCGGGUAAUAUCUUAGUGAAUUAUUAGUUUCGGUGCUCAGUAUGUAUUUCGAGCCUUUCUAUCUCAAGCAAUAUGUAGCAUCAAGUACUACAGGAGAUAAUUCAAACUUAAAACGUUGUUCUUAUCUUAGCUGCCAUAUUGAAAGUUUUAAUAGAAAGGUUCGGAACUUAUAAUUUUGUGACUUUUUAUUGAGAUAUUUAUCUGAAGCGAUACUUUAGGCGCGUGUCCAAAAAAAAAUAUUGAAGCCUCAAUGCCAACUAAUGAUGUCAAAGUGAAAUAUUUAAUUAUCGGAUAGACAAUAUUUAUAAUUUGAAACUUUGAUAUCUCUCUUUAGAAAGUGUUAUAUGUAUAUAAUUGUUAGGUCAAGUUCGAAAUGCAUCUUUCUUUUUUUUUUUUUUCAUAAUUUACAUAAAACAUUCCAAGAUAUUCAUCCCAAGAAUCUAUAAUUUAUACAGUGGUUGAAACUGAAUCACUCAACUUAUUUCUCCAAAAUAAUCUUCAAUUUCGGAACAUUGUUGUUGAAAAUUUCAACAUGUCGAAUAUUAUAAUGAUAUUGAUUCCAAACUAUGAUUCAGAGUUAGAAGGAUUUUAAUCACCGUUUUUUUGUAUGGUACAUGAAAUUGAGGAAUUAUUGACCAAAAGAUUUUUUUUUCCAUUAUGCCUUGUUUAAAGUUCAAUCAUUUGAAUAUGAUCUCGGAAAGAUGUCAAUCUAAAAAUUUAUACAGGUGUCCAUCGGAAGUACCAUUAGAAGUUUACAGAGAAAUAUAUAUUGUAUCUGUUUGAAAUUUUGUCCAAAGAAAUUGAGCUGAUGAACCUUCCUUUUUGAAAUAUUUGCAAGCAUUUGUGACUUCCGGUUAUACCAGGAAUGGAAAACAACUCGCUUAUUUCAAAUGGAAUACUCCCAAUAUUAUUGCAAUUACUAAUUUAUUUUCAAAUUCUAUGUUCAUUUCAUGUGGCUAUGUUGAGUAAUUCAUUGUUCUUUGAAGACAAUGAUAGAUGAAGGCUUGUUAACAACUGUUCAUUUCUCUAUCAGAAAAAAGGAAUGAGUUGAUUUUUUCAAUUUCAAACAGUAAUGUCACACCCCACAUUUGAAUUUAGAAUAAAAAAAAUAGAUAGGAUCUUCUGAAAGUUCAAAUCUAUCUAAUAUCUAUUUAUCAGUAAACUUCUAAUGGGCACUCCCGGUGGGACACCCUGUACAAGCUGGUACAUCCAACAUACAGAAUUACCCAAAAAAAAUAACGAAGGAAGCUUCCAAUGUCCCACUAUUUUUGAUCGAAUAACGUUUCAAUAUUUAUAUUUUAAUCAUUUUUAUUUAAUUUGUGAGCUAUGUUAUAUUUAUGAUACUUGAUAUCAUGAAACCUCAUAAUUUAGAUUUUUAGGGAAAAACUAAUUAUUAAAAGCGGAGUAUAUGGGGGUAAAUAUAUCAUGUAUGUGUAGUCGAAACAAGGAUAUCCUCUGUAUUAGGUAUCUACUCAUCCAAUCAUUGGAGAUUUAUCAUAAUGAACUAUUUUCAAACUUUGGCAUUAGUGUAUGCAAAUGUUAGCCUAUAUUUGGGCCAUGAUGAACAAUGUUGCAAGUCCUGUAAACAAUGAUUGGUUGCGUUGAAGUUUGUACGCUUUAUUAUUUUCAAUUAUAAUGAUUUUCGCUGUAUUUUUUAUAAAUGCAAAAAUGUUUCUAAUUUCACGUCAUCUAAUAUGCUAGUCUUGUAUUUUAUAUUUUUUUGCCUUGCCCAUGUUACAUAAAAAGGUAUUGUAUUUAUUUCCUGUGAUAUAUUUCAAGUGACCAUCAGCUGUAAUUAUUCAGUUAGCUUGAUCCCAAUUGUCAAUCAAUUUAUUCAUCUGUGAUUCAAUCCCACUUCUGGUGAAUAUGUUUGAAAUUUGUAGAAAUCCACUGUUUUUUUUUUUGAUUAAUGUAUUCCAGCAAUUUGAACAAUAGAUUAAUGCAAAACAUAUUCUUCAAUAUAUGAGAACCAGUACUAUUUCAGCUUUGAGUUUAAUUUUCAAGAAGAAAAUAUUUCAAUUACCCAUAUAAUUUUCAAUAUUCUAUUCGUGUUCAACGUGUUAGUGUUUUUAGCGAGUUUUGGUAUUCUACCAGAAUAUAUCAGAUACAAACAAGAACAAGCAACUUCAGCUAAUCAUUUGAUUCCAAACUAAACAAAGAUUUAUAUUUAAUACUUCUUGACAUCUUUGAAUCAUUUAUUUUUUUGUUUAUAUGUGUAUAGACAAGAAACUAUUCAGCAACCAAACAGCUAAAGCUAUCUCGUUGCAAAUGCGUACCAAGAAUGAGUUAUUACCACUAUGUUGAUAUAUUUGAGCACAAUGAACUUGUAUGCAAAAAAAAGAUCAAUUCUAUUAUUUUCGAAUAUCUUCGUAGCUGAUGUUUGCACCAGAUUUUCUAUUUCAAGUAUUACAUAAUUGAGUAGCUUCGUGGGUUAUUCUAAUAAAAACUGAAGGAGAAUACUCAUUAUGAACAAAAAAAAUUUAAGCUUAUAAAAUUGUUAACUUCAUUCUUCAGAAUCCCAAAAGGUGCCAUCAAAUGGAUUUUUUAUAAAAUCUAAAAGUGCUCGCACAUUCCCAUUGUGAAUUUAUCAACAUGUUUUCAGCCAAAAUUUCAACAAGUAGCCUUAAUUAGAGUAUUUUCAAUAGAGUGAAAAAUGUAAAUGUCAUUUUUUCAUUCUUCUGUAAGUAUUUGCAUUUGGAUAUUGUGAUUAGUACCCAUUCUGAAAUAAUUUCUGAGAAUUUAACAUCCAGAAUCAAUACAUUUUCAGCUUCUUUGUUCAUAAAUGAACGUAAAGAAUAACUGAGAAAAUCGCCCGAAUAAUUAAAACUAUCCCGUUUAUAGUUUGCUUGCCAUUCGUAUUGAAAUAUAUGUUUUAUUAAAUCCCAGCCAAGUAAUUGAGAAAGUUAGUAACUAUUAUUGAAAUUAACCUAAGUACAAGUAACUGAAUAAGCGCGUAUUUAUUUUUGUACCGGGUGCAUUCUUCGUGGAACUCUAUGAAGGUAUCUUCUAGUAAAAGGAUAUUUGGUUCUUAAGAUUUAUCGGGUUGAGGGGUAAUUAUUUCAGUGAAGUAAUAUGCGAACUGUUCAUUAUUUUUCAUUUCAAUUCUUAAUACUGAUUAUCAGUUUUCUCUGUUGGUUUAUCUGAUACAAUUGUAUUAUAUGUAUUUAUAUGUACUUUAUAUUUAAAAAAUUUACUAAACGUUUUUAUUGGAAUUCCAUAUUUUCAUUGAAUUUUAUAUUCUAAUGAUAAGCUUCUUCACAAACCUGGAGUUUUGGGCAAUUUUUCAAUUAAGAAUAGACACAUAGCUCAAAUUGUUUGUUUUAGUCACUUUGCAUAUCACAUGUAAACUAACAUUUCAAUUGACACGAUUUAUGUUAGCUGUAACGUACCUUAUGUCUGUAUUUUAACAUAUCUGUUGUCCAUUUAUGACUCAAUUGUUUUAGUUAUUGAUUGAAAUUUGAUUGAGAGCUGUACAAUAUCAUAAAUAAAUGAUGAUUUAUUUUA